AUGACAUCGUCGAUAAGUGAAUUCUAUGAAGGCAAAACUGUUCUUGUCUAUGGUUCAACAACAUUUCCUGGAAAAGUUUUAAUCGAAAAACUCCUACGUUCAUGUCCAGAUAUUAAUAAAAUCUAUUGCCCAAUACAAACAUCGACGAAAAAGCCAACUUUAACUAUAAAUCAUCAUUUUUCACCGUUAGAUACAUUCGCUGAAAUUUAUGCAACGAAAUUAUUUGAUCGUGUACGGCGUAAUAAUGCCACAUUUCAAGAAAAAAUAGUUCCAUUUGACAUCAAUAUAUUAUUUAAAUCGUUGGAUGAUGAAACUACUGUAGACGACGAAAAUGAAAGUCAAAUUUUAUCUCAUAAAACUUUGCAAGAUACAGUUGACAUAUGUUUUUAUAUGGCAAAUAAUUCAAUAGAUUUCGAAGAACAAAAUCUUAAAGAAAUGAUUCAAACAGAUGUUAUGGAUCUGAAACGUAGUUUAAGUUUUUUAAAAACCUGUAAAAAACUUAAAUCAACCGUUUAUUUAUCAUCAAUCUAUGCAAAUAUUGAUUGUCCUUAUAUCGACGAAUGUGUCUAUCCGUGUCCAAUCGAACCUCAAAAAUUAUUCGAUGCUCUCGAUUGGAUGGACAAAGAAAUGGUCGGCUUGGCAACACCGAAAAUAAUCGGAUCGAAACCAAACGCAUUUUCAUUUUCUCAUUGGCUUGCUGAAACUGUUUUAUCUGAAGAGCAAAAAAAUUUACCACCGAUAUCAAUAGUUCGUGUAUCAAUUAUUGGUGCAGCAUGGAAAGAACCCUAUCCUGGUUGGGUGGAAAAAUCGAAUGGACCAAGUGAAUUUUUCGUCGCAGCUGGCCGAGGUUAUCUACGUUCAAUGAAAGGCAAUUCGCAUGGCGUACUCGAUAUAGUACCUGUUGAUAUACCUGUUAAUUUAUCAAUAGCUGCUGCAUGGCAAAAAUUUCAAGAAGACAAUAAUGAUCAUAUGACAAUCUAUCAUUGUACAUCAAGCGGUCUCAAUCCAUUUCAUUGGCAAGAAAUGAGUAAUUACUUUACUGAAUAUUCAAAACGUAUACCUUAUGAACAUGCAUUUCGUCGACCGAACCUAUCUGUAACAAAUCAUAGUUUAAUACAUGAUUCGUAUGUAUUUUUUUCACAUUUAAUUCCGGCGUAUUUAACUGAUAUUGGCUUACGUUUAAUUGGUCGUAAGCCGCACGUAGUGAAUAUCUACAAAAAUUUACAUCGAACACUUCUUACACUUGAAUCAUUUACCAUGCGAGAAGAAAUUCAAUGUUCAUAUGACAGUUUAAAUUCAUUACGACAAUUAAUGACUGAAACAAAUGCUUCAAAUGAUUUCUAUUUCGAUAUACGCGCAUUACAUUGGCCAACAUAUAUUGAAUCGUAUUUAAUUGGCACAAAACGUUACGUGUUAAAUGAAGACAUGCAAUGCUUAAGUGGUGCACAAAAACAUUUAAACAAUUUAAGAAACAUACGUUGGGCAUUCAAUACAAUCAUACUUGUUCUUUUAUGGCGUAUAUUCAUAUCGAAAAGGCCUACAGCGAGAAAUCUUUGGUAUUUUAUAAUGAACUUCUUUGUCGCGAAAUUUGUCCGAUUCUUCAAAAUUCUCAGUGCAGGAAGUGCGUAA